AUGUUCACAAUUCGUAAACGGAGUCUAGCGAAGCCAGUCAAGAAGAUCGUUGGGGUAAGUUUGCAUUCCGAGCAGGUUUUUCAGGGGAAAAGUUCAACGUCGUGAAAAUUGAAGAAAGAAAUCAAUUCCAGAUAUUGCGAUUCCCGUCAUCGGAAAAUGAGAAGAAGGAGCGGAAAUCGGUUGGAUUCGUGGAUACCAUCGGAAAGCCGCUGGUCGAGUACAGAGAUCUUCCGCCCGCAGAACCGACGCACAGUAAUCGCUCCCUUCCAUUUCCACCCAAGAAAACCUGUUUUCUCUUUCCAGAAGACUUUCCGCAUUCCUUCCAUCAUCAUCAGAAAACAUCGGGCAGACUGAUAUCGACAGGAUCGUACGAGCCGUACACGAAAUGGGCUUUGCUGCCAGCGAAAACGGCGAGGCCAGUGGCGGAAGGGCCCACGGAGAUGGGACUGAUCGAGGCGAAACGACUCGAGGAGAACGGCAUCUCGCGGGCGCCGCUCUUCGGAACGUUUGAGACGAUCGAGCUGCCGCACCUGCACGCCGAUGCGAUCCUCCGAGCCCGAGCCGUCGUGCCGAUCAUUCCAACCGACGUGCCCGCCAAUCCUACCGCUUCUAUUCCCACCGUUUAUUCCGCCGAUCCUGUUACUCCCACCCAGAAUAUGAAUACGUACGAGCAAGUGUUCGAGCAGAACGGGACCACCUCGUCGACCUCCUCAUCCUCCAACUCCGAUCCGAACACGUUGCCGUCGACGAAUCUGUUCGCCCUGAUGGCACAGCUCAAGCAGCGCGGCCUGCUGCCCGGAAAAGGCCAAACGGAUCCGGUGGCCCCGUCGGUGGGAUUGAUAGUUCCGCCGCCGCUUAUGGUACUGAACAAGAAGAGAAAGGAAUUUGAUAGGAAUUUGAAUAAAUAUCAUGUUGACAUCCUCACAAAUAAAUGCGCAUUGAGAGGAAUGAAUUGUGUUGUGAAGUCGUCACUUGAACUUAGAGCACAUUUCUGAUUUGGAUGAAUGACGCCCACGCAUGCCCUUCUUCUGCACUCCUAGAAUCCAUCAAAACCAAUCCAACCACUAGGAUCCAAUUUCCAUCAAUUUCAGAAUCAAGACGUUGGUCGCGUUCCGAGAGCUCCGCGAGUUUGCACAUUUUACAUCAACAAGGCAAAUGGAUGCAACAAGGGAAACUCGUGCCGAUUCUUGCACGAUGAUCAGCAGGUAACGCAUCACUGUAGUUUUGAUAGAUUCUAAAAAUUCAAUCUUUUUUCCAUAUUCUCCAGAUAUUUUCCGUUAAUUAGUUAUGAAUUUUUUCAGCGAGAGCUCCGUCAAAAAGUCCGUCAUGAACCGUACCGAAAGAAGGACGAAAGUUGGCGUCGUACGCAGGGAUCCCAACCGAAACCACGUCAUCAGAAGGCGAAAAGUCGAUGGAAUCGAUCGAAAAGUCCGUUGGAAAACGAGACGCCCGUUGCCUAA